ACCCACCCAGGCAGAAAGCUCCACAUUGUUCUUCAUUUCUGAAAAUACCAUAAUUUCGUAAAAUUAAGAAAGAAACACCAUUGUUGUGAGUAAAACAUUCAAAUAUCCUUCUCCCUCUUUAUCCAAACCCUAGAAAAUUAGGGUUCUUUUCUUUCUUUCUUCAGUCAUGGUCGGAAAAGCCAUGGCCCCGACCUCGCGCGAGAAGCUCGCCAACCUCUUCAACUCUGCCAAGUUCGCCGGUGAUGUAACUUCCAAGCUCGAUACUCUCCGCCGGUUGCGGCGCCAACUUCCGCCGGAGGACCCCGUAAUCCUCGCCGAGUUCCUCCCGUCGCUUUUCGAAUUACUCUCUGAUCAAUUCAGCCCCGUUCGCAAGUUUGUCACCGAGAUGGUUGGUGAAAUUGGAUUGAAGAACACGGAGUUCCUGCCAGACAUUGUGCCUGUGCUGAUUGAAGUGUUGGACGAUGACACUCCUGCUGUUGUUCGACAAGUUAUAUUGCUGGGAAUCGAUUUGUUUCGUUCCACGCUUGAGAAAAUCGCACUUCAGGGUCUAUAUUCUAGUGAUUUAGACAGUGCACUUGAAUCUGCAUGGGUAUGGAUGGUGAAAUUCAAAGAUAAAGUAUACUCAAUUGCUUUUCAACAUGGAAGUGGUGGUGCAAGGCUGCUGGCACUGAAGUUUGUUGAAGCAGUUAUUCGUCUUUACACACCUGAUCCCAAUGGUUCCUUGGAGCCCACUCCUCAUCAAGGAAGGCCCAUGGGGUUUAAUAUAUCAUGGCUGAGGCGUGGUCAUCCUGUGCUUAAUGUUCGUGAUUUGUCAACUGAAGCUAGUCACAGUUUGGGUCUCCUGCUUGAUCAACUCAGGUCUCCAACUGUGAAGUCUCUGAGUAACUCAGUGAUCAUUGUGCUAAUUAAAAGCCUUUCAGCUAUUGCAAUAGACAGGCCUACAUUCUAUGGCCGCAUCUUGCCAGUUUUGCUCAAUUUGGAACCCUCGAGCACUGUUGUUAAUGGGGUGAGUGUAACAGCGGCACAUCUUGCUUUGAAGAAUGCCUUUCUGACAUGCUCAAAAUGUACACAUCCAAGUGCUGCUCCGUGGAGAGAUCGUUUGGCUGGUGCCUUGAAGGAGAUGCAGUCUGAUGGGAAGGCAGACCAGGUUUUCCACCUGAUAUCUGAUAUUAACGGAAGCUUAGAGAAAGAGAAAGAUGUUGAACCACUUAUCAAGAAAGAGGAACAUGCUGUAAAUUCAUGUGAUUCAGUGCACAGUAAUUUGGCUGGUAAGCGAGCAGGAUCACAAAAUGGAGGUGAUUUAGCUGAAGAUGAAGAUGUGCCUAUCAAACGUGUCAAAACAACUUCUGAUUUAAAGGAACCUAAGAAAGAGUUAGACAGAGGUACCACUAACUCUCAGGAUGACACUCCUUCAACGGCUCCAAAAUCAUCAAAAGGAGAUGUAGAUAAUGGCCAUGUGCAGCAGCUUGUUGCCAUGUUUGGUGCUUUGGUUGCACGAGGUGAAGAAGCUGUUGCAUCCUUGGAAAUUCUUAUAUCAAGUAUUUCUGCUGACUUGCUUGCCGAUGUGGUGAUGGCUAAUAUGCGUCACCUACCUUACCCGAAUUCCGAAGGAGAUGAUGAACUGCUGCAUGACAUCAACAUUAUUGGUUCUGAUGACAAGGCUAAAUAUCCACCAUCUUUUGUGGCUGGCGUCAUGUCACUUUCCAGUACUUUCCCACCAAUAGCAUCACUUCUUGGUGCUCAUCAAUCCGUCUCCAAUGAAAGGUCUCAAGGGGACGAAGAAGUUUCUGCAAGUGGGGUAGAUAGUGCUGCUGUGCAUUCUGGACUAAUUCUUACUUCCGAAAAUGUCUCCUCUCCUACUGACUUUCCGUCCUCUGAUGCCAGCAUACCUGGAGUGGAGAAUGGAUGUGCAACUGUGCCUUCUAAUAUUCAUGAUAUUGGAAACAUAGAGAGUGGAAUCCCUGGCCUGGAUUCUUUCGGUCGUAGUGAUGCUUAUUCAGAAAGUUUGGCUGCUUCCUCAUUGGCCUCCUCUGAGAUUCAACAUGAAGAAACUAAUCAAGAACAAGCAACUAGUUUAGAUCAAAGGUCACCACUAAACUUAGUUACAUCAGUAUCUACAGAUAGAUCUGAGGAGCUCAGCCCAAAAGCAGCUGUUGCAGAUGUCAACAGCUUGGUGUCGUCAACUGCUACUUCGGUUGUGUUGCCUUCCCGUGUAGUCCUGCCAAAGAUGAUUGCACCUGUUGUUGACCAUUCAGAUGAGCAAAAGGAUCAAUUGCAAAAGUUGUGUUUCAUGCGUAUCGUUGAUGCAUAUAAGCAAAUAGCUGUAGCUGGAGGAUCACAAGUCCGAUUUUCAAUACUUGCUUAUUUAGGAGUAGAGUUUCCCUUGGAAUUAGACCCGUGGAAACUAUUACAAGAUCAUAUUUUGGUUGAUUAUACUGGUCAUGAGGGACACGAGUUGACAUUGCGUGUCCUCUACAGGUUAUUUGGUGAGGCUGAAGAGGAGCCUGACUUCUUUUCUUCCACAACUGCAGCUUCUGCAUAUGAAACAUUCCUCCGAACGGUGGCAGAAGCACUUAGAGAUUCUUUCCCACCUUCAGAUAAAUCAUUAAGCAAACUGCUCAGUGAAUCACCAUAUUUACCAAAAUCAGUUUUGAAAAUUCUAGAGAACAUGUGUUCUCCUGGAAAUGGGGAUAACAUUGAAAAGGAGUCAAACUCUCUGAAUGCCGACAGAGUUACUCAAGGUCUCAGUGCUGUAUGGAGUUUGAUUCUUCUGAGGCCUCCCAUUCGGAAUACCUGCUUAAAAAUUGCUUUACAGAGUGCAGUGCAUCACAUGGAAGAAGUGCGUAUGAAGGCAAUACGUCUGGUGGCAAAUAAGCUUUAUCCUUUACCAUCCAUUUCUAAGCAAAUAGAAGAUUUUGCAAAAGAGAUGUUGUGCUCAGUGACAAGUGAUGCAUCUGAAGCUACUGAUGCUGAAGGAUCCCUUGCUGAUUUACAAAAGGGACCUGAUACUGAAAAGCUUGCAAAUGAGACAUCAUCAAUGACUAGCAGCACUAAGGACAUCUCAGCAGAUAAUCAUCAAUCAGUCGCAUCUGAAAGUAUCUCUCCAGAAUCAGUUCUUGAGGCUCAGAGGUUAAUGUCAUUGUAUUUUGCUUUGUGUACGAAGAAACACUCUCUCUUUCGCCAAAUAUUUUCCAUCUAUAAGAGCACAUCAAAAGCAGUGAAGCAGGCAGUUCAGCGUCAAAUUCCUAUAUUAGUACGUACUAUGGGCUCAUCUCCAGAUCUCCUUGAAAUUAUUUCAGAUCCUCCAAUUGGUAGCGAGAGCCUCCUAAUGCAGGUGUUACAUACACUUACAGAUGGUACAGUCCCUUCUAGGGAUUUAGUGGUUACAGUGAAGCAGUUGCAUGAUUCAAAACUUAAGGAUGCGGAGGUUCUUAUUCCAAUAUUACCAUUCUUACAAAAAGAUGAGGUAAUGCCAGCUUUUCCGAAUAUUGUGAAUCUUCCUUUGGAGAAGUUCCAAGCAGCGCUUAGUCGCAUGUUGCAGGGAUCAUCACAAUCUGGUCCUGUGCUCACACCUGCUGAAGUUUUAAUUGCAAUACAUGGAGUUGACCCAGAAAGAGAUGGGAUUCCCUUGAAAAAGGUCACAGAUGCAUGUAAUGCUUGCUUUGAGCAACGACAAACUUUUACCCAGGAAGUUCUUGCGAAAGUUUUGAAUCAAUUAGUUGAGCAGAUUCCUCUUCCUUUACUGUUUAUGCGUACAGUGUUGCAAGCAAUUGGUGCUUUUCCAACGUUGGUGGACUUUAUAAUGGGAAUUCUCUCGCGGCUCGUGAGGAAGCAGAUUUGGAAAUACCCAAAGUUGUGGGUGGGAUUCUUGAAGUGUGCUCAGUUGACAAAACCUCAAUCAUUUGGAGUUUUGCUUCAGCUACCUCCAGCACAAUUGGAAAAUGCGUUAAAUAGAAUUGCAGCACUAAAGGCACCAUUGGUUGCUUAUGCUAGCCAGCCAGAUAUACAGUCUACACUUCCCAGGUCUGUGCUGGUUGUUCUGGGAAUUGUAUCAGACUCUCAGGUUACAAGUCAGGUACAAACUAGUCAAACAGAGACUGCAGAGACAUCCAACUCCGAAAAGGAUACGGCAACAGAAAAAUCUAAAGAAUCAUCUACGGCUAGCUGAACUGUAAGUGGUGGAAUCUAUUAUUCAAUCAAUGGAAAGCCUAGAUCCAAUUAGACUAACUGGUGCUGCGACUUGUCUCAAUAGUAUAGGGAAUGAAGAACCAGUACUGAUAAACUUGUCACAUAUACCUAGAUUCUAGUUUGGCCAUGCUGCUACCUCUCAAUAAUCUUGGGGAAUGAAGAGCUAGUACCGAUGAAUUUGUUACAGUUAGGUAGGUCUAGAUAGUUUUUGGGCAUGAGCCUGUAUCAUUCCUUCCCUCACUAACAGGAUAACAAGCUGGUGUGAAGAUUUAUAGGUGAAAGAAUGUAUAUUAAAAUGUGUAGUAAUAAUAUUUUCCUCAAUUUAAUCCCAAUUUUGGUUCCGUUGCUUGAUCCUAUACCAAUGUUUAUGUA